AUGGCUAGCUUUUUCUCCAGCCCCAAGCGGGUCGUUUUCAUCGGCGCAGCUGGAGAGAUGUGUCGUAUUGCCAUCGAUCGCUUUGCGGCCGCAACGGACAUCUCGCUCGUCCUCGCCGAUAUUAAUGUGGCUACCAUUGAGCAGCUGGCAUCUAAACUUCCUGCUGGACGGGCAAAUACCCUGAAGCUGGAUCUCUAUGAUCGUCCUGCCCUGCUCGCCGCCACCAAGGGCGCGUCCCUCGUCGUCCUCGGCGCCGGUCCUUAUUCCAAGACUAGCGAACCCGUUCUUACAGCUUGCCUUGAGAACAAAGUUCCUUACCUCGACUUCGAUGAUGAUGUGGAAAGCACGACUGCAGCGCUCGCCUUGCACGAGAAGGCAAAGGCCGCCGGCGUGCCGUGCUUUAUUGGCUGUGGUGCGUCUCCCGGCGUGACGAAUGUCAUGGCUGUCGAUGCUGCCAAAGGAAUUGAUAAGGUGGAUACGAUUGAUGUAUGCUGGCUAGUUGGUGAUGAGCGACCAGGAAUUGGCAAGGCUGUCCUGGAGCACCUGAUGCACAUUGCCGCCGGCCCCUGCCUUACCUGGGCUAAUGGAAAGGCCACCGUCAACGAAUCGUGGGUAGAGACCGGCCAUGCGCCGAUGUAUGGUGACCAGGGAGAGACGCUCCUACACGAGACUGCCCACCCGGAGCCUGUGACCCUCCCCCGUCUCUUUCCCAACGCCCACCGCAUUCGCUGCCUCGGUGGACUGCACCCCGCACCGUUUAAUGGCAUUGCCCGUGGCCUUGGUAAUGCUGUGCGGCGGCAACAGAUCACCCUUGACGAUGCCGUUGGUUUUCUGCUGAAUCUGAUUAACAAUCCUAACCCCACCGAGGGGUGGCAGGCCGCUCUGGGCGAGGCCAGUGGGUACCUCCGUGGUGGCGAGAUCUCUCUCAACGAGCUGUGGCAGAUCAUUGCCCACACCGCCGGAGCCCUUGGACCGUGGCGCCACGCUAUCUAUGGAAUGCUUGAACAAAUCAGGACUGGUGAAUGCACCACUGGAGAUGUCCUCAGCUUCCUCCUCGACUCUGCUCGUGGGAAGAUCGGACCGUACUGCGCUGGCCUAACUGUUCGAGUCACCGGUACUCGCAAUGGCAUGCCGGUCGUUCAGAUGAAGCGCACGAGCUUGUCUGGUGAGGGCUCCGUGCUAUUUAAGAAUAUGGCUUCGAUCACGGGAGGCGCUUGUGCCGCGUUUAUGCUUCUGGCACUAGGGGACUGUUCCAAACUUAGCGGCGUCUUUGCUCCCGAGGACUGUUUUGAGCCCCAAGCCUUCUAUAAGGCUCUUGGUCGUGUUGGUGUGCCCCAUAAUGAGAUCGCUCAUCUGCUUGGGGACGGAGAGGAGCCCAAGUCGCACCUCUAA